AUGCUUGCGAACCUUGCCCUCCAGGUUGCGCUAUUGGCGACGAGCGCUGAGGCAUUCUGGCGGCUUCCAUGCGUCAAUCAGGUUGUUUAUGAACGAUCCGACCCAAUUGUCAAUCCUGGACAGCUCUCAGGACAUAUGCACGCCAUCAUGGGCGCCAACAACUUCAACUACUCCACAACCUUUGCCGAUCUCAGGGCGAGUGACUGUACGACGUGUCAGGUCUCGCAAGACAAGUCUGUAUACUGGGUGCCGAACCUUUACUUUCGCGAUAAGAAAACAGGUCUCUUCACAUCGAUUGAGCAGCGCGGUGGUAUGCUGGCGUACUACAUCCAGCGAUACGGAUACAACGGAGAGAAGCUGUACGCCUUCCCCGAUGGCUUCAAGAUGCUAGCUGGCAGGCCCAGCAUGCGUUCCUAUGAUGGUACCCCUGAAGCGCAGGCCAUUUCAUACCGCUGUCUGGACUACCCAAACAAUUCACCACUAGAGACAAAAGGCUUCCCAAAUCAAAAUUGUCCCAACGGUCUGCGCCAGCAAAUCUUCUUUCCUUCUUGUUGGGAUGGCGUCAAUACAGAUUCACCGGAUCACAAAUCUCACAUGGCGUACCCAUCUCAAGUCGACAGUGGUACUUGCCCUUCAUCGCACCCAUACCGCACAGUCUCAUUGUUUUAUGAGAUUAUUUGGUGGACCGGUCCAUACUGGAACCAAAUUGCCGCCGGAACAGGAGAAUUCGUCUUGUCAAACGGCGAUGCAACAGGCUACAGUUCGCAUGCAGACUUUGUCAACGGUUGGGACUUCAAUGUGCUGCAACAAGCCAUCGAUACGUGUACGGCCGAUUCUGGUGUCUUUACAGAUUGCAAGCUGUUUGAUGUGAUUGAUUACCAAACUGCUGCGAAGUGUCAAAAGCAGCCAGGCACCACUGAGCAAGUCACAGGCACCAUGUCGAAAUUGCCUGGCAACAAUCCAGUCACGUAUGGUCCUGGUCCAGCAUCCAUGCAACCGUACAAUGCAGCGCUACCAGCAGGUACAAGACUUAAAGCCACCCUUGGUAUCGCAGACGGACGCAAGGCCGUUCAAUUCCCGACAAAACCAGUCGUCAAUGCCCAAGGCUGUUUUGCAGAUGGCUAUCCACUUUCGCGAACAAUGGGAGGUCUUGGUGUUUACGGCGUCUACUCGCAGCCAACCAUGACUAAUUCGCUAUGCAGCGCUUAUUGUCUAGCACAAGGCUUCAAGUACAGUGGCACAGAAUACAGCUCACAAUGCUUUUGCGCCAAUGCCUUGCCACCCACAAAGCUAGACGCAAGCAAGUGCAACAUGGCGUGUAGCGGUGAUGCCAACUCACGGUGUGGCGGAGACAACGCACUCACCGUCUCAUACAACCCCGGAGGCGCAGCCCUCGGUAGCAACACACCACCCACAACUGGGGGCAGUACAGGCAGUAGCGGAUCCACCACACCUGCGUUCACAACAUCAGGAACGUGCGCUGGCGCGAGAUUUGAGACGGGUGCUUAUAUUUGCUGGGGCAAUACCCAACUUUGUCCCAUUGUCAAUGGUGUCAAUUUUGGUGCGUGUGCAGGCGGUUGCUUUGAUCCGAAAAUCUAUCAUUGCUCAGGCGGAUUCCUACAACCUGGUGCAGCGCCAGCGACGCCCGUAGGCGAUAGACCAGCGCCUGUUGUCACAGGAGUGGCAGUCAGCAGGCCGAAAGCGGUCGUGACAGCAGUCGCAAAGCCAAGAAAAAGUAAGCGUGCCUUGACGGGUGGCUUCAUGGAUUGGUUCAGGCGGACAGAAUCUGCAAACGAGACAGUGGAUGUGAAGGCACGCGAUCUGAUGAAUGAAGCGUCAGAAAUGGUCUAUGACUUUGAGUGGCUUGCAUAG